GCAGAACUAAAUCCGAAUGUUGUAUUUAAAAACUUUUAAAUAAAUAAAUAAUAAAAUAAAACAACUCGUGAUUCAUCAUCAUGCGGUGAGGUUUUGGGUUGAUUACAGCUAAAUUCUGACUCGGGUGAGCCCCCGCCUCUUCGGAGGUCUGAUCCAAUCACCUGUCCGUGCGUAACCCGUGACCUCACCUCCUUACUUCCGAUUGGACGCUAUAUUUAGGAACCCUCCCUGCGCUUUAUAAGAGAAGAAGAAGAAGAAAGCUGAAAACUUCCUGCUCGGACGGGUCUGACCGGCCGGUUAUAAAAAAUAAACUAUAUGUGGUUCUGAUGCUUUAGAAGACAACAGAAUGGCAGAAAUAAGGAAGAAGCUCGUGGUCGUCGGGGACGGCGCGUGCGGAAAAACAUGUCUCCUGUUCGUCUUCAGCAGAGACGAGUUUCCCGACGUCUACGUCCCGACCGUGUUCGAGACGUACGUGGCGGACAUCGAGGUGGACGACAAGCAAGUCCAGCUGGCUCUGUGGGACACGGCCGGACAGGAGGACUUCGACCGCCUGCGCCCGCUCUCCUACCCGGACACCGACGUGGUCCUCAUGUGCUUCUCCGUGGACAGCCCGGACUCGCUGGCCAACAUCACCGAGAAGUGGGUCCCGGAGGUCGAGCACUUCUGCCCGAACGUGCCGAUCGUCGUGGUGGCCAACAAGAAGGACCUGCGCGGCGACGAGGCCGUCCGCGCCGACCUGGCCCGGAUGAAGCUGGAGCCGGUGCGGGCGGAGGAGGGCCGCGCCGUUGCCGCGCGCGUCGGCGCCUGCGACUACGUGGAGUGCUCCGCCAAAACCAAGGAGGGGAUCUGGGAGGUGUUCGAGACGGCGACCCGCGCCGCCCUGCAGAAGCCGACCCGGGACGGGUGCCUCAGCUGCUGCACGCUGAUGUAGAGAGGGGGUCUGUGUCUGGACACGUCCGGACCUUGAUGAUGAUGAAGAUGAUGAUGAUGAUGGCUGCACCUGGGACACUCCCUGCUGCCCUGGGCUGAACCAGAACUAUUAACUGCAAACAGAAUGUUCUGAACACACUCUGACAUUGAUUUUGCAAUGUGCGUGUGUGUGUGUGUGUGUGUUCACGUGAUCCCAAAUUAACUGAAAGGGAAAAUCAACACACUGUUUUGUUACAAAUAGACUUUUUUAUCCUCCUUUCAUGAGGACUUUAUUUUGAAGCCCACUGCCUUCUAUCAAACUUUUAUAUUUUAUAACAAGAAGCACAUUUGCACUCUUAAUUUAUGUUCAAAAUGUGUAAAAACACGAUUGUAUAAAUGCACAACAGCAACACGAAGAAACCAGCGGUGUCCUUUUUAGUUUUUAUCACCCACUUCUGAGGUUGAAGACAGAUGGGUUUUUUUUUGUUUUUUUUUGCCAAUGUGUGCCUGUUAGCAAAAUAUCUUGUCAACCACUGGGCGGAUUAAAGAUGGCCGCCACAGCCUACUGGCCUUAAACACAAAAAUAGUUAUAAAUCAGUAAAUUUUGCAGAAGCUGAUGUCAAAGUUGGUGUGGCGGCAGCUCUGAGGGCUAAUUAAUAAUAGUCAACUCUGUUAGCAUAAUAUCUCAUGAACCAUUGGAUGGAUUUGAAUGAACCGUUCAGAAUGUAAACACUAGAUGUGUAUUGAGUUUUUGCUCAGAUCUAAUUAGCUGCAGCCAAGUGAAACCUCAAAGUAGCCGUAAUCUUAACAGAUAAUGAGCUAAAAUUUGGUGCUGUAGUCGAUGUUGCGUGAGACGGCACGUUUGGGCAACAACUUUGUCGUUUCAACACUCGAGUUUUAAUUUAAAGCUCUGGUAUGAAAGACGGCAGGCGAGAUGUGCAACGAGUGAAGCAUUUGUGCCGCAACAAAAUCUUUUCAUGAAGCGUACAGUGUUGGAAUGUGUUCAUGUUUUCGACAACCAAAGAAAUGGACCAAGCUGGUACCUUUCAGUUCACCCAGACCAAAUGAACCAUCUGGACUGAGCUCUUUUACAGACUGUUCUUUUUUAUUUUUCUUAAAAGACCCACUUGAUGUUCUGUUUACAGACAGCUUUCUUUUCUCGUAAGAGGUUAAGACAUGACUCGGCUUGUUGAGAGUGCGUUUAGGUUUUAGUGUCAUAAAACUUGGUUUUAAGCCACACACUCAUUUAAACCAGUUGGUGUUGUUACACAGCAGUUCAACUGUUUUGUAGCAAAUAAUAUAUUUUAUUUUUACCAAAAAAGUGUUAAAUCUGAGCAUGAAUGCUGCAAUGAAUCAAAGAAUAAAGGUUCAUUGAGAAAUUCUCUUAAAUCGACUCACUGCAAAGUAUGAAAUCAAACAUACAAAGAGGUUUCCAAAUCGAUUGAAUGCAAUUCUGAAAUGCGGGUACGCACUCAGUGUAAACAAAGUCUUUGUGGCUUUGCAGUGAGCAGCUUUAAAAUGAUCCCCAAUGUCUUCCACUUUGACAGUGAAUGUACUUUUAAUUUACUUUAUAUUUAAGUUGUUUUGGUUCUUGCAGACAAAAGACAUUUUUUUAAAAGUAUAUUUUCUGCUGGUAAAUAAUGAACCAAAGUUUACAUUCUGUUUAAUUAAAGCAGAGCUAAAGGUAGUUCUUCUAUCUUGUGUUGCUCUUUGCUGAUUUCAGUUUUAAUUUUUAGUUUUGACAGGAAGAUAACACUGAACGUGAAAAAAAUCAGUUUUGUUUUUGUAAAAGUAUUUUUAUGGUAAACUGGUACAAGUCUAUAGGAACAAUUGCUGCUUUUCUGAAAAAGCCAAUAAAAAUGUUUUGUCAAAAUUUUAA